AUGCAAUAAUACAACACAAAAUUAAAGGAAUUUGAAAUGAUUUCCAAAUAACUUUAUUUUAUUUUGGAUCGAGAAACAGCUCUUUACACUUAAUUAUUAUUUAAAAUAACAACAUCUAUAACUGACACAGGUUUCUUUUUAGAAUCAAUAAAAAAUCAAAAGUUAAUUAGUGAUUUUCAAACAACAUCUUAAUAAUUACCUUAGAGCAAUUUUGAAUAAAGUUUUGGAAGCAAAUAUCUUGGAUUAUUUUUAAUAGGAGUAGAUAGUUUAUCUGAAACCUAAUAAAUUAUUUAUCCUAAAUUAGGAGAGAUAUUAGCUGAUGUAGGUUCUAUAAUGUCUACAUUAAUGAUGCUUAAAUUAAUAGUUAUCUAAAUUAAUUCUAAAAUUUUAGAAGAUACAUUAUUAAAUACAAUAAUUAGUUAUUAUUAUCCAGAAAUGUAAUAAGUUUCAUUUGAAAGAAAUUUUUUAGGUAGAAUUACUAAUGUUUCAAAAAAUGGUAAGGUAAUUUAAGAUAAAGUUGGUUUUCUAAAGUAUUAUGAACAACUAAAAGAUUUCACAAAAGAUAAACUGACUAUACUUAAUUAAAUAUAUGAGAUUUCCAGGAUCUAAUUUAUAUUAUUAUCAAUCUAAUCAAAAUAAGCAUUUCGGCAUAGUCAUUAAAUAGGUAUAAGAUUAUAUAAUAAUCACAUGAUUAAUCAGUCAUAUUAAAUCGAUUAUAAUGAAGGAUCAAUUAAUGCUCCGAAAGUAUUUUUAAAAUAAACUGAAAAAAGUAAAGAUGAAAAGAAUGAAAUUUCUGUUCCCUUAAAUAAUAAAAAUGCAUAAGAAACUAUUGAACCACUUAAGUAGGUUGAAAUUUUAUCAGAUGAAGAUUUUUCAAUUUUAUCUCACAUACAUCAUUUGAAAAAAUAAAUAGAAGAGUAAGAUAAAUGUACUCCAAUAUUUUAUUAAAUCAAUACAGUGAUAAAUUGA